UUAUUUUUAUUAUUAUUACUCCUAUUUCCCAGUUAGGGUUUUUUAGGAGUUGGGUCUUUUCAAUUUUCAAAAAACUCAAAGCGCCCACCGCUCCACAGUCGACGGCAAUUUCACUGAUUGAUGGUGCUCACAAUAUAGAAGCGCGAGUCUUGUCACUUCUCAAUCUCUGCAAUUGGUGUUACUGGUUGGGAGUAAAAUAAUCUUUCUUCUUGGAAGAAAAAGAAGAAGCAUAAAUAGGCACCGAAAGCCAGACCCGUGUUUAUGAUUAGAGCCACGGGUGACUGUAUCAAAAGCAAACUGAGCAAAGGCAACUGAGACCGAGAGGAUGGAGAAUACAGAGAGUGUAUUGCCACAAGUCUGCAAAAUCAUUCACAUACCUGAAAAGCCAUCCUUUCUUCCUCACCUCCAACCCACGGUUAACAUGCUUGCUUCUGUCAUUGAACCCAAAGAUGCCAAUACUCUAGUCAGGAAGUUAAAUAAGAUUGCACCACUGGAAAAUUUGCAACAUGUGAAGCGUGUGCAGAAGAAAAGCAUUGAUGGGGGGAAACCUCAGUUAUCUCUGCUUUUAUGUAUGAUUGUUGGAAAUGAUUGUGGAGAUGAUUGCAUGCCAUACGAGAUUCUUGAACUUGUUAAAUCAUUCCAGUUGAGUACUUUCAUCACAAAAGUUUGCAAAUAUGCUGCAACAUCAAAAGAAGAAUGGGAUGAACAAUGCAAGCUCUGGCCUACUUCGUAUCAUCCGCCAACCUACAACAUCAGUGGCAUAACUGGAUUUAGUGAAGAGGAGUCACAAUCAGUUUUCAGCUUCAUGAGACACACCAUUAAUUUGGCAACAUCUUCUAUUGGUCAGGUGGUCAAUGCUGCUGUUAUUGUAGAUCCUUCAACUAAGCAGGUCAUUGCAAGUGCUUGUGAUCAGGUAAUAUCCUCAGUCAGUCUUGCAAAUGGGGUCAGCAAGGACGGUAGCUGCUCGAACUAUCUAGAAAACCUCAAAGCCUCUAAUUUGGAAAACCAGCAAACAUCACUUUUGGAUGGUUCGAUUAGUGCUUGUGUACAUCCUUGGCAAUGGGCACUGCGAAGCUCUGGUUGCUGGCAUCCUUUGCGGCAUGCGGCUAUUGUUGCCAUUGAAUAUUCUGCUGCCAGGGAUCUACAACUUUUUCCUGAUCACAAAGCUCUAUCUCCUUUGAAAAGACAGAAGAUCGAGGAAUCUGGCUUCCAUAGCAAUGGCCAUAGUUAUCAAUCGCUCAGACCUUAUCUAUGUACUGGAUAUGACAUUUAUCUGGCCUGGGAACCAUGUGCAAUGUGCGCAAUGGCGCUUGUACAUCAAAGAGUUAGACGGAUAUUUUUUUGUUCCCCAAAUUCCAGUGCUGGUGCACUAGGAAGUGUUCACAGAUUGCAAGGGGAGCGGAGCUUAAAUCACCAUUAUGCUGUUUUUAGGGUCAUUCUGCCUGAGAAGGUGUUCAGGAAUAAAGUAGUAGAUGGAAAGACUUCUGGAAGUGGUUGAAACAAACACUAAUCAGCUUUUGGGGGAGUCUUUAAAAAUUAAAGAUGAAUGACAAGUGACAUGUUACCAACGAUUCAACAACCAAGAAUGGUUAAUCAAAAUUUGGUUCACCAAUACUUAUCCAUGUUUAGCAAGAUAAGCCGAGCUGAGUACGAUAUCCCACAAUAUUUCCAGAUGGGAGUUUGAAUCGAAUACAUAUGGAAUUUUUCAAUAUCAAGAUUUGGGAACAGAUUUGGGUAGUGCAUUUGAUUAAAAUUUAUGUAACCAUUAAAUUACUCGAAGAUUUUUUCAUCUGAAGUUUUCUGAUGGUUCCGAAGUGGGUGAUUUUAACGUUCAUAUAAAUAUCCCACCUGUGCAACAAUAUGAAGGCCAGAUUUGCUGGUAGAGAACCAGCUUCAGAGAGCCAAGAAAAGAAGAUUGUGGAAGGACAAUAACAUUGUCAAGCACAUUUUGGUAACUUUUUUCUUUUACUGGAUUUUUAAAUGGAUUUUGUUUGAACUAGCUGUGGAAACAACAUCUUGCAGAAAUGCAGGGUCUGGCCCUUGUGGUAUGUACAAUAGACCCUUGUGGUCUGACCCUUCUCUGGACCCUGCACAUAGCAACAGCUUAGUGCACCUGGCUGCCCUUUUUUAGGUCACAUAGCGCACCCAACCAAAGAGUGCAGUUUGAGAAAAUCGGUUCGACAAAGUAUGCUGAUGGACUUGUGGAUGCAGACACAAAUUCAGAGAAGAGUUGGAGAUCCCUUGGUAACUUCAGGUAUAAAGCAAAACCAGGAUCAGGUCAAUCAGACAGAAUAGGGAGACCUGAUUAUCGCAGUUCUGUCCGUUCCAGCUCUCCCUUUGGCCAGAGACAACAGAGAAAUGCUUCCUUUAGGCUAGCCGUACAUAUUCUAGUAGUAAAAAUCAACCUUGCUCUCAAUGUGACCUAAGUUAAGGACUUGCCAAGUUGAUGACAAGACUUAUGUUUGUAGAGUGAAAAUAACAGGUUGCUUGGAUUGUCUUCUCUUGAGUUAUUAAAUUUUGCUUGUAACAAUGUUACAUUUAUUAAUUGUUGCCUGUGCCAAUGUUUGAUAAAAUGUAGCACUACCAAUUUUACCAUCA